AUGGCAUCAUCAGGUUCUUCGAAACUCCCUCCUAAUUAUUCUCCUGAUAAAUGUAUAUCAUCUGGUGCCAGUAACAUAUCCCUUGAUGAAAGUGAAGCUUCUAUUCGUGUACAGGAUAGUAAUAUGAAUGGAGAUUCCUAUAUCAAUACACCCUCACCCUCAUCAAGUGCGACAGCAAGCACAACUGAUCGUUCAAUUCAAUAUCAUUCAUCAAGAUUAAAAAAUGCUUUUCGUUUACCAAAACGUCGUUAUCGAUAUGAUAAAUUAUUCCAUCUUACACAUUCUCUUAAUCGACAAUAUGUAAUAGCAAUGACUAAUAUACUUUUUCAAAUGCAAAAAGAAAUAUAUAAAUUAAAAAGACGCACAUAUUAUGUUGAACAUGCACUUGCUAAACAAAAAGCUUCUGGUCAUCCAAUUAUACGUAUACGACGUUUAACAAAAGAUGAAAUUUCAACAAUAUGUGUUAAUAAUAAUAAUGAAAAUCAACAAAAUAUUACGUCGAAAAUGUCCGAAGAACAUGAAAGUAAUGUUGAAUCACAACGAACAAUACUGAAAAAUAUCAAAUCACUAAAUGAAUAUAAACUUGAUACUGAAAGUUCUAUAACAAUAACAAAUAAACUUGAAGAUCAUAAUACAAAAGUUCAUCGACGAAAACAAUUAAAUCCUAAAAAUAAAUAUUGUUCAAGAUGUCAACAUGAAUUUUCACAUCGAUCAGCUUAUUUACGUCAUAUGAGAAAAGUACAUCAAGGAAAAUUUCCAAUUAAAUUGAAUAAUAAUCAUACAUCAGAGCGUGACGUUUGUCAUAUUGAAACAAAUAAUUUAAUCAGUGAUCAAUCAAAUAUUUGUUCCGAAAUAGAUAAUACAAUGGAACAAGAUCCAAUGCAAAUUUUAGUUAAUCAAUGGGAUAUUGGAGAAGGACGAUUACGUCCGAGACCAGUAUCUAAAUUAAAUUUUGAACCAAUUAGCAAAAUAAAAUGCGACAUAUGUAACAAGUUUUUUCGUGCUGAAUACAUUAAGAAACACAAAAGACGUACUCAUCAUGUUUCUUCUUCAAAUGAAUUAAACGUUGAUUUAAGCCCAAAAAAGUCCAUGAACAAUGAAAGUAUAUACGAAAUUCAACCAAUAGCUAGUGAAUCAUCUACAAAUACAACAAAUCCACCAUCAGCAAUAACAAUAGCUGAUUUGGAUACUGAUGAAAUGCCAAUACGAUUUCGUAGAGAUGCAAACAAACCAAUUGUUUUUUCUGUAACAUGUCUUGAUCGUUAUCAACAAGAUAUAGUCGAGGAAUUUUCACGAAAAUUUUCAACUCGUGUUACUCAAGCCCAAUCUAUUACUCCUCAAACAACACAUUUAAUAACCAAUGAUGAUAAACGUAUAUUACGUUCACCAUUAUCAAUGAAAUUAAUUGAAGCUAUAGCAAAUCAUUGUUUUUGUGUUUCAUAUCGUUGGUUAAUUGAUUGUAUUAAAUAUGAUAGAAUUGUUGAUGAAACUACAUUUGAAAUUGAAGGUGAUGAUACUGAUUAUCAUUCUCAAGGUGGUCCAAAACGAUCACGUUCAAUUGAUAAACGUCAUUCACUUUUUGAUAAUAUAUGUUUUAUGAUCAAAUGUACGGAAAAUAACGAAAUUAAAAUGACAAAUGAUCGUUUACAAGAUUUAAUUACAGCAUGUGGUGGACGAAUAAUAACUUGUGUAACACAAAGUCUACUUGAACAAUUCGAAAUUGUUGUUCUCUGUGAUAAAUUAUAUGUAUCAGAACGACGUCAUAAUUAUGAACAAUGUCGUUCAUUAGGUAUACAUUUUGUUUCAUCCGAUUGGGUUCUUGAAUCUAUACUUGAAUAUCGUCCAAAAUCAUUUGUGUUAUACGAAGAAACUCCGUUAUAA